AUGGCUGCUGCUUACACUAUCCUCGGGAAAUCUGUUCCAGCUCACUACUUAUCGCUUGCCACCUUGGGUGCUGUUACUCUUGCUGUGGUUCCAAAACCAUGGGCUCCGGGCCCACCAGCCCAUCCUGCUAUCAAUGCUGCCAGCGCCGAUGAAGAAAAAUUCGUUAAGGAUUUUUUGGCCAAACAUGAAAAACACUAG